GCGUCGUGCAAUAUAAUUGUGUUUGUAAUAUAAUAAAAUCGUUACAAUGCAUUACAUGAUGUCUACUUCCGAACAUUAGAUCCGCUAGUCAUCGGAGCACCUACUCUGCAAACUUUCGUACUUGAACGCGUCCAAAACGUUUUGGUUCCUCGAUACAGAUGAAGAUUGGAAUGACUUUCCAGUUGUAGUUUUCCCUACCAUUCAAUAUGGGUAUUGUCAAGUCAACAAAAUGGGUCUGGUGUUUCCUGGCGCUAAGCUCAGGGCCUUGGAGUACCGUCAGCAGCGUCAAUGUCCGCACUCCGGAGAUUAUCGAAGCGCAGGCGAAAUUUUUUCAGGAUUUUUUCUCAGUACAGUUGAGUCCAUACAAGAUAGAGUUCGGCCAUGUGUGCGAGGACCCUAACACGUGGGAGCAGCGGUACGAGAAGAAAGACUUUAAGAACCACAGGGACAUGGGAAAAGUAAGAUGGGGUGAUAGAAAAGGUGGAUAUGGGGAACACUAUUGGGAUUUGAAUCAUGCUGGUCAUGCUGAAAAGCAAGCAAGUGACGAUGAUUACGAUGACGGCCCUGAUAACGAAGAACUUCAAGACUAUCCAGAGACCGUAGAACAGUCGGACAAAUAUGAAGGUGAAGAAUAUGAUCCUAAUGCGUCUGAUUACAAAAAAACCUCAAGACCUAAGAGAGAAAACUCUAAAGUUGAAAUGCAGUAUCUGAAAGGUGAACAGAACUUUCAAGAAGAACCUACUCCGAUACAAAAGUGGACAAAUAUAGACAAAACUAUAUUCAGAAGACAAAAAAUAGAUAGUAAAGAUGUUUAUGAUGUAGAUUUAAGAACAAAAUAUCUUAAAGAUAACUUGCAAAAAUAUAAUAUUGAUGACACAAAUCCACAACCAAGCAAAAUAAACCAUUUAGUUUUGUCUGUAGGUCAUAAAGUGGAAGAAGAAAAUCCUAAUGGCUUUGUGUCAUAUGAAGCCGGAAGAAAGCAUUACAAACGGCAAGCUUUCGCAGCACCGGUCUUUAGACCUUUUUUGGAGGCGUUCACAGGUCAUUUUAUUGACAGAGUAACUGGUAAAGCAUAUGUUUUACAACCAGUAAAUCACAACAAUCAUCCAUAUUAAUAGUAAUUUAUUAUGCAGUAGAAUAAGUUUAUUAGUAAAAUAAGUUAAUAUUUAUUAAACGUAGUCCUAGAA